UACGCCGAUGACUUUGGUCCGAUCAAUUUGUACCGGAACGAUUGUGGCGUCUUCAAUCUCGUCGAUGGGAAAGUCGAAUGUUUUGCUUGUCGGAAUCGUCACAACCAGAACUACUUUUGGUUCUUCCCUAUGCCCUGGAAUAUUGGUCAGCUUACUAAACAUCAAGCGAGGAAUGCCGAGAAUUGGAAGCGGCUGCUGCUGCUUCAAAGUAGUACUAAAAUUACCAGCAGAAGCAAGACUCAAAGUAGUACUCAAAAUAUCAGCAGUAGUAACACCAAUAAUAACGGUACGAGUACCAAUAAAAGUAUUACUAGUAAUGCAGCGGAAAUGAUCAGAGCAAAAGAAACAGUAAAGAAGACGAACAAGAAGGUCCAACAACAGCGGCAUAUAAUAAUAGCAAAGUCGGCAGCAAAUUCUGCAGCAACAGAUUUGAAGCUUUGUUACUGGAUGAGGAUGGAGACAAAGACCGGCCAUAGUUCCUCGAUGGGGAGCGCUUGCACUACAAGAAAAAAAAAGACCUUGUGGCAAGGGUUCUGUAGCAAGGGUUUCACAACCCCUAGUAUUGUUUCCGAAAUUCGCUGUAACAAGGGUUUGUACCAAGUUUCCAAACUCCUUGCUACAUAA